GAAAAAAUCCCCAAUUUCCAAACUCACCAAACCCUAAUCCUCCGUCUCAUCUCCCAAUCAAUUCUCCCCAAUUCCCAAUCGAUCUUCCCCCAAACCCAUCGAAUCGUUCUCCCUUAACCAGCGAAGAUGGUGUUGGCGGAGCUAGGAGGGAGCAUCUCCCGUGCUCUCCAGCAGAUGAGCAAUGCGACCGUGAUCGACGAGAAGGUCCUCAACGAGUGCCUCAAUGAGAUCACACGCGCUCUUCUCCAAUCCGAUGUGCAAUUCAAGCUCGUCCGCGACAUGCAGACCAAUAUCAAGAAGAUCGUCAAUUUGGAAGAUCUCGCUGCUGGUCACAACAAGCGUCGCAUCAUCCAGAACGCCAUUUUUAAUGAGCUCUGCAAAAUGCUUGAUCCUGGGAAGCCAUCCUUCACUCCCAAGAAGGGGAAGCCCAGCGUCGUUAUGUUUGUUGGUUUGCAAGGGUCUGGAAAGACUACGACUUGUACGAAGUAUGCUUAUUAUCAUCAGAAGAAGGGCUGGAAGCCUGCCCUGGUGUGUGCGGAUACUUUCCGAGCUGGUGCAUUUGAUCAGUUGAAGCAGAAUGCUACCAAGGCGAAGAUUCCGUUCUAUGGAAGCUAUAUGGAGUCUGAUCCUGUGAAGAUUGCGGUGGAAGGAGUGGAGACUUUUAAGAAGGAGAAUUGUGAUCUUAUAAUUGUUGAUACCAGUGGGCGUCACAAGCAGGAGGCUGCUCUUUUUGAGGAGAUGCGGCAGGUGGCUGAAGCGACGAAACCGGAUCUUGUUAUAUUUGUUAUGGACAGCAGUAUUGGUCAGGCUGCGUUUGAUCAAGCUCAAGCGUUUAAGCAGAGUGCUGCGGUUGGUGCUGUUAUUGUUACCAAAAUGGAUGGUCAUGCAAAGGGAGGUGGUGCUCUUAGUGCUGUUGCGGCGACAAAGAGUCCUGUUAUAUUUAUCGGAACAGGAGAGCAUAUGGAUGAGUUUGAAGUUUUUGAUGUUAAACCGUUUGUCAGCCGUCUCUUAGGCAUGGGUGACUGGUCUGGGUUUAUGGACAAGAUUCAGGAAGUUGUUCCUAAACUGGACAACCAGCCAGAGCUUCUGCAAAAGCUUUCGGAAGGGACCUUCACGCUGAGGAUUAUGUAUGAGCAGUUUCAGAAUCUGCUUCAAAUGGGUCCACUUAGCCAGCUUACUUCAAUGCUUCCAGGUGCUGAGUUAAUGCCUAAAGGUAAUGAUAAGGAAAGCCAGGCCAAAAUCAAGCGGUACAUGACCAUGAUGGACUCGAUGACAAAUGAAGAGUUGGACAGCACAAAUACAAAAAUCAUUACCGAGUCUCGGAUAGUGCGAAUAGCACGAGGUUCUGGUCGUCUAGUGAGAGAAGUGAUGGAAAUGUUUGAAGAGUACAAGCGCCUUGCGAAAAUAUGGAGCAAAAUGAAAGGACUUAAGAUUCCCAAGAAGGGACCAAUGAGUUCACUAAACCAAAACAUGAAUGCACAGCAAAUGAGCAAAGUCCUACCUCCUCAGAUGUUGAAGCAGAUUGGUGGCAUGGGUGGCUUACAGAACUUGAUGAAGCAAAUGGGUGGUAUGGGUGGUUUGGGUUCUGCUAAAGAUAUGAUGGGAAUGCUCGGAGGCGGGGACAAAUAGAUCUUGACGACAUUUCUGUAAUUCGUCGAAUCUCCCUAAAGUUACUGAAGGCCUGUGUGAGCAGAGAGCAUAGCGUCCUGGGACUGAAUCGCGCAAUCCUUUUUUUUUUAUAAUUUGACAAUUCACAGGAUACUGUUAGCUACUUUGCCAAAGGAUAUUUACCAGCAACUAUUCUCCCAGGCAUCUCUCUCGAUUUGCUUUAGUUUUCUCUUAAAUUUACAGUAGCAAUACUAGUUUGGUUAUAACAGUAAUGUGUUUAAACACAAAUAAUGUGUUUGUAUCAGUUACCUUCUUUCUUUGUACUUGUUAUUGUCUCCUUCUGGCUUUUGAUG